AUGGAAAUGACCCACCAACACCACUACUCCACAGAACCGGAGUCGUGGCUCCCGGACCAAUCUUCCGGAGACGGCGUCCACUACAUGCCCAAACUGAUACAGCGACGAGCCAAAAGAAUCAUCCCUUCAGACGAGAAGGACGACAAAUACUGGGAGAAGAGGAAGAGAAACAACAUGGCGGCGAAACGAUCGCGCGAGAACAAGCGGAAGCUGGAGAUCGACAUCCGCCAGAAGGUGAACUACUUAGAGGAGGACAACGCGCUCCUCAGGAAGGAGGUCUCGCUGAUCAAGGCCAAGUUUGGUAUACCUCUGGAUCAAAGUCUUCUGACGCCCGAGGAGCGGGCACAGUGCAUGCGGGAAGUGAAGGCCGCCCAGGCCGCACAGGCGAGUCCGCACGACGACGAUGACGAUGACACUAACAGCGACAGCGUCUAUCCUGUGUCCCUGCUGGCCAUCAGCAGCACCAACGACGACGACGAGCAGAACCCGCACCUCAUGUCCGAGAACGGGCACAGCGACCACGACCGGAGUCUGACGGACGAAGAUUCGCGGUCGGAAUCCGCGCACGUGCCAGCACGUCGGGGCGGAGGUGGCGGCCAAUCGGUGUACAAUUCUUACAACAUGGCGAUGGCGUGGGGGUCGAAUAACCAGCAGUACAAUCCGCACGCUUACAACAAUGGCGGGCAGCAUCUCCCGCCCGUGAACAACGCGUUUGCGGACAAACCUCCCGUCAUGGACAAUGGCUACCCUCGAUACGGAGGGCAGCAGGAAAGCCAGUAUAGGGCGUCGCCCUACGAAUACUACCACCCAGUGUUUACCAAUCAGGGUCAUAUUUACAAUGGCGGCAACCCUUUGCCGACGGCUGCCGAUCUGACGACCAGUCGGAACAAGCGCCUGGCUGUGAAUAAUGACGUCAUACUAAAUAAACACGACGAACAGGUCAAUAGUGUGAGUGGGAUGGAUGCCGAGGUGCUGCACGGUCAGAUUGCGGCAGCUCACGACAUGUAUAAUGGCGGGAGAAUGCACCAGGCGCAGAUGGGCAUGUCGGAAAGCGUGUCGCCAAAUCAGGACUGUAUCGACGAAAAUGUGAAACGAGAAAAUGUCGAACUCAAAGAAAAACUCAGAACUCUGACGUGUCAGGUUGAGAAGAUGAAAAACAUUGUUCUAAAGGAAUGA